AUGAGACGUUCAACCGUCUUCCUCCUGCUUUUGCAGGGCGUUGCGGUGCUCGCAUCUCACGAUCAAAAAGUCCUCUCCGACAAAAAGAGUCCCGAAUCGAUCAAUACCGGUAGUACCGAGCGCUCAAAGUCCGCAUGGGUUGUCGACGACACUCCUCCGCCUAUUCGGCAACCAGCCGCCGACCUCGUUGACGAUGCCUUGGUGCACCUGAACAAGAUUCCCGACGCGAAGCACCGUCGACGAAACCAAGCCCCUGGCCUUGUACAUCAGCUCAUCGACCUCGUAUACCAGCUCAUCUUUACCUGGUCUGUUCCCGCGUCACCACAAUCGUCUUCAAAGUCACCUCCAACGUCAGCUCGUGGGCCGCUUUACGAUGCAGUCGACCUUCUCCAACAGGCGGCCCAGCGCAACAAUUCCGAUGCCCUCUAUCUCUUAGCCGACAUGAACUUCUACGGCAACUACUCUCACCCUCGAGAUCUCGGCCGGGCUUUUUCCUACUACCAACAGUUGGCGUCGGACCACGGAAACUCGACCGCUCAGUUUAUGUUGGGGUUCUACUACUCGACAGGCAUCGGGAGCGUUGUCCCUAGGAACCAGGCCAAGGCCAUGCUUUAUUAUACAUUUGCUGCCGCAAAGGGGGAUGCACGAGCGGAUAUGGCCGUGGGCUUCCGACACCACGCUGCUAUCGGCACGCCCAAGAAUUGCGAAUUGGCGGUGAAACACUACAAGAGGGUCGCUGAGAAGGCUAUCGAUUGGUACAGGGCCGGGCCUCCGAUGGGAAUGUCCUGGGUCCACGAAUCCUGGCGGAUAGCGGACGAUAACGGUGGCGCCUACGGUCGGGGUGCUAGCGCCGCAAGCUCCGGUCUCAACGCUAUCAAGGUCAACAUCCACUCGGAUACGAACGCCGCUAUCGACGAUGUUAUCGAAUACCUCGAUCUGCUCUCAAAGAAGGGCGACUCCAAGGCCUCCCUCAACCUCGGGAGGAUUUAUUAUGAAGGCCAGCGUGGCCAGGAGCGAAGCAUGGAGGAUGCCAAGAGGUACUUCUUCACGGUCGCGAAAAGGUACUGGAAGAACGACGGACGUGUGCUUGACAACUACAAGAUCGGCAUCGAGAAGACGGCGGCCAAAGCAGCUGCCUAUAUUGGCCGCAUGUACCUACGCGGCGAAGGGUUAGAGCAGAGCUUCGACAAGGCCAAGAUGUGGUUUGAGCGAGGGAGGUCCCUAGGCGAUUCCUCCUCCAUGCACGGCCUGGCUAUCAUGCUCAUGAACGGCUUCGGGGUAAAGAAAAACGUCGCGCUCGCCACGGAGCUGUUCCGGACGGCCGCCGAUAAGGAUUACGCACCCGCGCAGAUAGAGCUUGCGGUUCUGUAUCUUGACCAAGGCGGCGCCGAAGACGUUCGCGUAGCGAACAGCUAUUUUGAGCUGGCUGCCCGCUACGGCCUUAUCGAAGCCCAUUACUAUCUCGCCGAGCUAGUGUUCCAAGGCGUCGGCCGCGACAAGAACUGCGGGCUGGCCACGCAAUACUACAAGGGCGUUGCGGAAAAGGCGGAGCCUUUGGUUUCCUCUUGGGGCGAGGCCAACCAGGCCUACGAGGACGGCGACUACGAAACUGCGCUCUUGCACUACCUCAUCAUGGCGGAGCAGGGUUACGAGAAGGCCCAGAACAAUGUCGCGCACCUCCUAGACCCCGAUCAGUCCCGAGUGUCCCUUGCUCCUAGCCUUGCCCAGUCUCUACACAUGCCUCUGCUCGCCGGCCGUCCCUUGUCGUCUUCGCCACUCAUGGAAGAUCCGUCCAUGGCGCUCGUGUACUGGACCCGAUCGUCGCGCCAGGGCAACAUUGACUCGCUGUCUCCCCGCGCCGUGCAAUGCUACACAGGCGCUGCGUCGUACUCGCAAAGCGCGCAGGCGCUCUACAAUCUGGGCUGGAUGCAUGAGAAUGGUAUCGGUCUGACGCAAGACUAUCACCUUGCUAAGCGAUACUACGAUCAGGCCCUCGAAGUCAACGAGGAGGCCUACCUGCCAGUCACGCUCAGUCUUCUUAAGCUCCGACUCAAGAGCGCGUGGAACACCUUUACCCAUGGCCCCAUCCACUCGAUCCAGGACGAUCCCAAACCGAAGAAGGAUUGGUCGCUCUCCGAAUGGAUCAGCAACUUUAUCAAGGACGGCACAGACUAUUACGAAGAUAGCCUUUACGAUGACAUCUUUGACGACACGAUUGGUGACCGUGAAGGCGGCCUCGACGACGACAGCGGUCUCGAGAUUCUCUUCAUCUUUGGCAUUUCUAUGGCGCUCGUGGGACUGUUGUAUUAUCGACAGUAUCGCCAGCAACAAGAGCACACCUAUGUCCUCGACGUGGCGCACCUCCCCGGCGCCGGGGCCGUAGCCUGCAUCACGACCUCGCAGCGUCUCGCCCUCUUGACGCCGGAUCUGAAGACGGAGGCGCGCGCCGCACUGGGGCCUAGGCACGGAAACCUGACGUUGCUCCGGGUCGUGGACGCUGGGGCGGGGACGAUCUGCACGGCGGGCGAGGACGGGAGCGUGUCAGUCUGGGACACGAGAAAUAGGGAUGCACAUGUCGCGAGGUUCCAAGCGGCCCAAGCUCCCAUCACGGCGCUGGCGUGCGAUGCUGGCUCCCAUACAAUCGCUGUUGGUACGGAGCUUCAAGAUCACAACGCUUCUAUAGUACUCUGCGAGCCCUCGCAGAAGAGGGUGUACACGGAAGUCCACAGCGACGAUAUCACAGAGCUCAAAUUCCACCCCACGGAUGCGAACAUCUUAUUAUCCGGCUCGACGGACGGUCUAAUCAACCUCUGCGAUACGCGAAUCAGCGAUGAGGACGAAGUCGUCAUCCAGACCUUCAACCACGACGCCUCCAUCCACCGCGCGGGCUUCCUAAACGAGACGGAUGUGUUUGCGCUUUCUCAUGACGAGCGGUUUGCCAUAUACUCCAUGGCCGAAGAGCAGGAGAAAGGCGUGGCGAUCGCCGAUUUCGGAAACGUGAGGGAAAAGGUUGGGUGCCAGUAUGUGGCAAACGUCUCCGCAAAGAUGGACGGGAGUGGCGCAAUCAUGGGUGUGGGCGCUCAAGACCAACACCUAUUCAGCCUCAUCCAUCUCUCUAAGAAUGGAUCUUCAUGGGAGCUGAACGCCGAUGCGCGGGUGAACCUCCCUGGCGCCCAUGGCGAGGAGAUUGUUCGGGGAUUCGGCUUCUUUGACGAAGAACAGGUGGUGUAUACCUGCGGCGAAGAUGGUAAAGUAAACGCCUGGCACCCAGGAAGCUGA